AUGAACGCAGGCGUCCGGACAGGCACUUUGCUCGCGGCUAACCCGAACCGUGAACCUGCGGCGCCACCGAACCAUCCACGCGGUGAGCGAAACACGACGGUGCCGCCGCAGCGCUCCAUCAACACUGCGAAGAUGACUUCGCAGCAGGGCCGCCCUCUGUCCCCCACCCAACUCUCCGCCCUGGCGGCCCCUCGUUCUGCGCGCAUCGAGUCACACGCCGACUCGCAGAAUGCGAUAAGCAACUCCUCUAUCGCGCUCCACUCCACCGGCAAUGCAACCUCGAGUCACUUGAACGCGCACCUCCCGCCUCUCAACACGCACGACUCAUCCGACCCGUCGCUGCCACGCUUUCACAUCCGCAACCCCUCCGCCCACGGCCUCUCCCUGAACACCGACGUAUUAUUCAUGAAGGCUGCUGAGCGCCUCGCGAACGAGUCGACGAACGAGGAGGGCAGCACGGGGGAGUCGCUGCGGCACUCGGCCACUGCGCCCAUUGCAAUACAGGAGGGCUAUUUGCGGAGUACCUUUUCUGCGGGGAGCAUGACCGGAUCGCUGUCGCCUGGCUCAGCACUCUCGUCACCCGCAUUGAACGCUCUGGUCGACCUCACUCCGCUUCCCUCGCCGCUGGUCAUGAGUGAUUCGCCGGGAUCAUGGACUAGGGGCGGCGUUUCGUUUCGCCCUCGCUCAAGAGGCGCGUCAGGUUCGUCACGAGACGACUCGUUCGCCAUGUUUAGUAGAGGAGGAGCCACCUUGUCGCCCUCACCUUCACUGAAAAAGAAAGGAUAUCAAAAAUUGAAGACCGCCGGAGAACAGGCAGUCGAUGCAAGCAUGCAGACCCAGCACAAGAACGAGGCAACUCGCGAGAGGAACAGGAGCCUUAGCGAGUUCAGGCCCGACACCAUGCACAAUAUCGGUUCGCGACAUGUCACGAUUUCAGGUGUAGCACCCCAAACGUCUCAGCCCGAUGCAACGUUCGAGUCUCGACUCCACCGCGAGGCAUAUCUGGCCGCACAGCGAGGCCUGGUACCAGCCACAGUUCCUGCGGGUCUGCCUACACCACCGGCUAGCAAUCGGAGCGUCACUGAGAGUGAAGAGGAAGAGGUUGGAGACGACGACAAGAUCGACUACAUAAUUGUGAGACAGGGCCCGCAGAUGGCCAAGAAGCUCUGGCGCCCAGUACGCCAGCUUGGUCAGGGAACAUUUAGCAAGGUCUGGUUAGCAACAAGCGAGAAGCGUCCAGCCAGCGACCCACUUGAUGAGACCACACUCGAUCCCCGCAAGCUUGUCGCCAUAAAAAUCGUCGAGCACGGUCCGGCAGGCGGCGCGGACGAAGAACGCGUAGAACUAAGCCUGAAGCGGGAAGUUGAGAUGCUCCGCUCGGUCUCUCAUCCUUCGCUCGUCCAUCUACGAGCGUUCGAUAAUGGUGCAUCGCAAGCGCUGCUUGUUUUGACCUAUUGCCCCGGUGGUGAUUUGUUCGACGUUGCCAGCACGAACCGCGAACUACUCGGUGUGGACCUCGUUCAGCGUAUAUUCGCUGAGCUGGUCAGUGCUACGCGAUAUCUUCAUGACAAGCUCAUCGUGCAUCGCGACAUCAAAUUAGAAAAUGUCCUCCUUAACAUUCCCGUCUCUACAGUACCUCUACUCAAGAACCCACGUUCACAUCCGUACCCCAUUGCAACACUUACGGAUCUGGGUCUCUCGCGUCGUGUUCCUGCCCCGCCGGAAUCACCUCUUUUGACUACUCGCUGUGGCAGUGAAGAUUAUGCUGCUCCUGAAAUACUCCUAGGCCAGCCAUAUGACGGCCGUCAAACUGAUGCCUGGGCGCUCGGUGUCUUGCUCUAUGCGCUAAUAGAAGGUCGCCUACCAUUCGAUUCCCCACCUGGCAAGCCUGCACGCAGCCGGCCUGCUCAUCGUAUCGCACGAUGCGAUUGGAUGUGGAUCAGGUUCGGUGACGAUGACGGCGAGUGGGACACGGAGAAGGGCAAGGAGUGGGAAGGCGCGCGAGCUUGCGUCGAGGGUCUCCUGAAGAAGGUGUCACGAGGACGCAAGAGCCUUGAAGACAUUGAGAAGAUAGAUUGGGUGCAGAACGGCAUCCAGGUGGAAGGCGGUAUGAGACGCAGGAUUGAGGAUGAAGAGUCGGAACAGACCACGUCCGACAUGAACGUGAGGUAA